AUGGAAUUUGCUAGGCUUUCCGUUGAAGAAACGGUUUUCAUGAGACGUAUCAGUCUAAUUACUUUUAUCUUCCUACCACUGAUGUUUGCAUCGAGUCUCUUUGGCAUGAACGUCAACGCGCUGCAAAGCAACCCUGACUGGCGCUGGUAUAUCGUGUUCGGCGCCGCAUCCCUUCUUUUGACCUAUGCCUUGUGGAAGGUUUCAGAUCAGAACAUCCGAAUAUCCCAGAUAUGGUCUGAAUUACGGGCGAGAGGGCCCAUGAAGAACAAGACGAAGGAUUAUGAAGGCUAA